UGGAGAGAAAACACAAAAGGGGAAAAGGAAGUAAAACUUAAACAGCGCAAGAUUAAAACAACACAUGUCGGUCUGGGUAGACUAGAUUUGGUGCCGUGACCCGAAUCCAGAUUCAUCCUCUGCCUUCUCUUUCUCUGCUCAGUGAAGAAAAAAUAACUGAUCUUUCUUGGCAGAGAAAGGAGAGAUUUCAUAUAGAUUUAAGGGUGAUGGCAAAGAAGAAAGCAACCAUGACUCUCAAAGACUUCCAUGGUGGUUCUAUCCCUUCAGAUCUUCACCUUCCUUCUGCUCCUGGCGUAACGGUUAGGCCAUUAGAUCGUGGUGGUUUUGAUCGUCAAGCAUCAUGGGGAAAUCCCAUGGGAAGGCCAGAGCAUCGUUUACGUCCGGGAUCAGCUGGUGCGACCAGAAACUUUGAUGAGAAGACACCUUUCUUAAGUCAUAAUGCACCAAUAGGCCGUAAUUUUGAUGAGGAUGAAAGGAAGCCAUUGGAUGGAUCAUCUGGACCUCGUCGAACUGUUAGUGAUGAGAGCAUCCGCGCAUUGCCAAGUCGUGUGGAACCUAAGGCCGAAUAUCCCGUUACUGGGAUGGUAGGUAGCGGGCAAGUAUCAGCUCCUCCGUCACAAAAUUUUAGAGGCGCAGCAAGUGUUACGCAUGGGGCUUGGUUUAAUGAGAGUGCUAAAAGUUCUGCUGGUGGUAGUGCCAGGAGCACGAGUUCUCUGGAUGUGUCUGCAAGUGGCGCUCAAGUGGUUACUGGGUCAUACCCAAAUGCGUGGGGCCUAAGGAAGGAGGUGGCAAGUGCAAAGGAAUCAGUUUCUGCUCCAUGGUCGGCUCCCGAUGCUGAGACAAAGUUGGCCCAUGCCAGUGCCCUUGAGAAGGUCACAUCUGGCAGGUGGCAUUCAAAGCAGCAGAUUCAAUCUCAAAUGGAUGCUGAGGUCGUUAAACAUCAAGACCCAGAGAAAGAAUUCUAUUACCAUGGAAGUACUACAGUCAACAAUAAUGUCUACAACAUGACAGAUGUUUCGGGAGGACCCGAAUAUAGUGAUCAGGUGCUAGCGGUUCAUGCUGAAAGAAAUCAUUCUCUCACAGAUGGGGUUCGUGGGUUUAACAAGGAGUUACCAGCACAGGAGAGGGCCAGGUCCCCUUUAUCUAGGGAGGCAAAUGAGAGAAAAACUUCUGCUUCUGUCACUGGGUUUCUGCCUCAUAAUAUUGUUAGCUCUGGUGGAUAUGAUAAUAAGGAGUUACCAGCACGGGAGAGGGCCAGGUCCCCUUUAUUUAUGGAGGCAAAUGAGAGAAAAACUUCUUCUAAUGUCACUGGGUUUCUGCCCCAUAAUGUUGUUAGCUCUGGUGGAUAUGAGAUGCAGUCACCUGCAUCUCCUGAACCAUCGGAACGGCCAAAGUUAAAGUUGCUACCAAGAUCCAAACCAUUGGAGAAUCUGGAGCAGUCCAUAGAUUAUAAGCAGGUCAACCAGCAUCCUAGUAAUCCUGUUCGUAUUGAGAAAUCGGCCGAUGCAUAUUCCAGUGUAGAUGUCAAGACUGGAUUUGUUGAACCUGAAAGAAGCAAUCAAGCAAUUGAUCGCCCAAAAUUGAACUUGAAGCCUCGGUCACAGCUUCUUGAACAAUCGGAGGGAAACGUUGAAAAUAAAAGGAAACCAUUAUUUGGUGGUGCUCGUCCACGUGAAAUGGUUCUGCAGAAUCGCGGGAUUGAUGAUGUUACGGGUAAUCAUGAUCUUCAUCAACCUCAUCCAAGGAGCAAACAACAUGCUGGCAAAGCAGAUACAGUUGUGCAUGCGACCAGGCAUAAUGAGAAAGCCGAGAGUAUCCCCAUUGACCAUAGGAUGGCGAAGAACACAGAUAGGCGAGAUCACAGGAUAGAUGUCGAGAAAGGAGAUGGGCAGUGGAGGAAUUGGAGAAGCGACAGUUGGAGGAACAACAAGGAGACCGAAAGGCACCAUCAGCCGCAGCAACACGCACAGGAGAGGCCGCCCUCGCCAGAAACAUGGCGCAAGCCUGUUGAACCACCAAGACCUGCUUCUGCUGAUGCUUCUGGUGUGCGAUAUGGAAAAGCAGCCUCUGCAGUCGAGCUGGCUACAGCCUUCUCAAAAUCAGUCUCUGAUCCAGCAACAACUGAUCGUUUUUCUGGCCAGAAAAGCCUUCCUAAUCGGGGUCAAAUCCCUUUUUCUCGAUUGACACGCCCUCCGCAGAGGCCUCAGAUUAACGGGUACUAAGCACCAGGAAAUGAUCUAUACAUUAGCAAAUGAAAAUGUCUUAUCAUUGCUAAUUUCUUAGUCGGCUGCAACAAAGAUUGUUUGCAGCAGGAACACCAAGAUGGAGGUAGCAAUUGUUCUUCGUGCUAUAGGCUAGCAACAAGAUCUUAUGCUCUUGCUCCUGAAAAUCUAGAACCUGAUUCUUCUCCCUUGAAACCUAACACCUUCAACCUUGAGAAAUCCGGUCCUUUUUUCGUUUUUCUCUUUUUAUCUUUGUAGUUUGAUAAUAAUCAUCGGGGAUGUUGUUUGUUCCCAUUAUAGAUGAUUUGUUGCUCAGAAUGAAUUUCUGAUUGAAGCCUAAUGGCAUAAGCUAAUGAUGUAUACUUUGGAGGUGUUUGACAUUUCAUGGCUUAUCCUAUUGAUGGUCUAGUUUAGAAACAGAAUUGCUCUAUUUAUUGAGCUUCUGCCAA